AUGUGUCGUAUGCUGUCAAAUGUGCUCUUUAGUCAGUCAACCACUCAAAUAAAUGUCCUUCUCUUCAGGAUGGCAGAGCCUCGAUUUAACAACCCCUACUUCUGGCCUCCGCCGCCCUCCAUGCCGGGCCAGCUGGAUAACCUGGUCCUCAUUAACAAGAUUAAGGAGCAGCUGAUGGCCGAGAAAAUUCGCCCCCUGCACCUGCCGCCCACCUCCGCCCCCUCUCAGCAGUCCCUGCUGGUGCCCACCUCGUCCCCGGACGGCGGCGGCCAGCACGGCAUGUCCGUGCCCAAGCCCCAGCCCCAGCAGGUGCCGGGCCACCACCCGCAGUCGCAGGCCUCCGGCCAGCCGGACAUCGCCCUGCACGCCCGCUCGGCCUCCAGUUCCGGGCCAGAUGGAAACAUGGACGACAAGUCGGCGGUGAAGGCCAAAGGACUGUGGGAAGAUUGGCACAUGAGGCAGCUGAGCGAGCAAGCGGGCCGGGUCAACCAUCGAUCAGGUCUGGCUCCCUCAUCCCGGCCCGACAGCCACAGCACCUCGGAGGCGCUGACCCCCACCACCCCGACCUCCAGCAGCCAGAUCCGGCUGGGCGGCGCGCCCUCGGUCAACAUCAUCUCCGGGCUGGCCAGCGGGCCCGGCAUGGACCACAUGAAGGCCGGCGGCCUGGCGGGACUCCUGGGCCCGCCGCCCAAGGCGCCGCGGGGCAGGAAGAAGAUCAAAGCGGAGAACCCCUCGGGGCCGCUGCUGGUGGUGCCCUACCCCAUCCUGGCCGACCAGGGCUGCGUCACCGUCGCUCCCAAAGAGGGCAAAACCUACAGAUGCAAAGUCUGCCCGCUCACCUUCUUAACAAAGUCGGAGAUGCAGAUUCAUUCCAAGUCCCACACAGAGGCCAAACCACACAAGUGUCCCCACUGCUCCAAGACCUUCGCCAACGCCUCCUACCUGUCCCAGCACCUGCGCAUCCACCUGGGGAUCAAACCCUACCACUGCUCCUACUGCGAGAACUCCUUCCGUCAGCUGUCACACCUGCAGCAGCACACCAGAAUCCACACCGGCGAUCGGCCGUAUAAAUGUGCUCACCCUGGAUGUGAAAAGGCUUUUACCCAGCUGUCCAACCUCCAGUCUCACCAGAGGCAGCACAAUAAAGAUAAGCCGUAUAAAUGUCCCAACUGCUACCGUGCCUACUCCGACUCUGCAUCGCUGCAGAUCCACUUGUCAGCACACGCCAUCAAAAACGCCAAGGCCUACUGCUGUAGCAUGUGCGGCCGGGCGUACACCUCAGAGACCUACCUUAUGAAGCACAUGUCCAAACACACGGUGGUGGAGCACCUAGUGAGCCACCAGUCCCCCCAGAGGACCGAGUCCCCCACCCUGCCCAUCCGCAUCUCGCUCAUCUGA